CAUAAAAACACAUGAACGUAGAGAGGCCAAACGCUGGUUUUCCGCGGCCAGACGGGGAGGACGUGCGCGGAACCGCGGUGAACAAUGCUUGGCGGCGGAACGAGUUGGAGGGAAACGUGCAGUGGCUGUUGUCUUGCGCUUCGCUGGUUAUUUUCCUGCAGUUCAUGUACUACUUGUGGCUCUCGUUCGCCGGCAUCGACAUCCUCAUUAAUUUAGCCAGCCUUUCCGAUCGGCGCGUCGGCCAACACACUUUCAGCUUCACUCCUGAAGCCCAGAGGCUUUAUCUGCUUGGGCUGAUCUGCGAGCCGGUCGCCACCAUGAUCCUCUACUACGUCUACAACGAGUUUGAAAAGCAAGCGUUCAAAGAGUUUGAGGAGAUGUUCCCUCCAGACGAGGACGGAAUGGGCGACUCAAAGCGCUACGUGCCAAACUGUUCCAACAACGUGCUCUCUUAUCUUGGGCGCCAGCCCGUGCUGAAACGUGCGCUUCUCCUCGGCCAACUCCCGUUCGUGCUUUUCAUCCUGAGUGACGUGAACCUGCUGAUCAACUACCUUGGCUAUCUAUACUUCAUUCAGCCAACCGAGCACAAAAUGGUGCUCGUCGUCGUGCUGGUUCUCUGCAGCACCUUCGUCUGCAACUGGGGGAUCCAGAGAAGCAUGUUUGCUCUGCUCUUUAUCGACUGUUUCGGAAAUAUCUUCAGCUUUUACCCGCGGAGGCUUUCCUCGUGGUUCUGGAUCCGCGUUCCUUGCGGCCUAUACGUGCUCGUCUCGUGGGGUCGGCGCCUGGCCCGGCGAAGGUGGACUGUGUUUGAGCCGACGCGCUUUUCUGCCGUCCGCCUGCUCGUCGGUCACCUCACGCAGGACGUCGAUCUCAUUCUGCUCAGCCAGAUGAGCUUCCUCAUGCGCUGGAUGACGCUCACGGGUCAGUCGGAGCGCAGACUCAACAACGACGGCGCCCAAAUGCAGCUCGUCGUGCAACCCCCUCAGUUCCCGAUGGAGGAGGAUGAAAUUUUCAUGAACAACGUGAUUUUCGGCAUUGAUUGAAGUCUU